GGAGAAAGAGCCAACGUGCGUUCCUUCCUUCUAAAAGAGAGGCGAAUUACUCUGGCAGUCUCCUUUCCCCCCUGUCCCGUCUUCUUACCUCAUUGCCAAAAGUUUCCAGCUUUCAUAAUUCCAUUAACUUUCUAGUUUCUAAUACUAAUUCUUUGAUUACUUUAUGUUUCUAAUAUCAGCUUAUUAAUUGGAGUACAAAGUUAAAAUGAGAAAUUAGAUGGGAGCGUUUUUGUUUUUCAUUUUCUUGAAUGAUCUGUAAUUUCCUUCAGCUUCUAUCAAUUUAAUCAAUUCACAAUCCAUUAUUCUUGGUUGAAAAAGGAGUUCUCCGAUCGUGAGGAGAAAAGGUACUGUGUUUUGGAUACGUUGGUCGAAGCGAUCUACAGAAGAAGUCAGAUGGCGAUACUAUACGCUCUGGUUGCUCGUGGAUCGGUGGUGCUGGCGGAGUUCACGGCGGCUUCAACAAACGCGAGCGCCAUCGCCAGGCAAAUUCUAGAGAAAACAUCAGGAGACAACGACAUUAACGUUUCGUAUUCCCAAGAUCGAUACAUCUUCCACGUCAAACGCACCGAUGGACUCACCGUUCUUUGUAUGGCCGACGAAAGUGCCGGAAGGCGAAUUCCUUUUGCAUUUCUUGAAGACAUGCAUCAGAGAUUUGUCAGGACUUACGGAGGAGCUGUUCUUUCAGCUCUUCCCUAUGGCAUGAACGAUGAGUUUUCAAGGGUUUUGAGCCAGCAAAUGGAAUAUUACUCGAAUGAUCCUAAUGCUGACAGGAUAAAUCGAUUAAAAGGUGAAAUGAGUCAGGUGCGAAAUGUUAUGAUAGAGAAUAUUGACAAAGUUUUAGAGAGAGGUGAUCGCUUAGAAUUGUUGGUUGAUAAAACUGCUAAUAUGCAAGGAAAUACCUUUCGCUUCAGAAAGCAAGCGCGCCGUUUUAAAAACACUGUGUGGUGGAGAAAUGUCAGGCUUACGGUUGCGCUCAUAAUAAUCCUCCUAAUUGUUGCUUAUAUCGUGACUGCGUUUGUUUGCAAGGGGCCCACGUUACCAUCCUGUGUCUAAAACGAGGUCAACAGCUUGAGAUUCGAACACGUUCCGCAGCCCGGUGCUUCUUUUUUCCAUUUGUCUCCGUUUUUGUUUGCUUGUUUCUAUUCUGCUUGGGGGAUAUAUGUGGGAUGUUUCUGUUUCAAUUUCCUCUGCAACGAGUCGUAUUUACGUUUGUUCAUUGAACUUGAAGCUGGUUGGUUUUUGUAUUUUGACUAAAGUGACUUGAUGACUCGUAUUUAUUCAAGAUUAUAAAUUUUCUUUUGGGUGAAA